AUGUCAUUCGAAGUGGGAACCAGGUGCUGGUAUCCUGAUAAGAAUGAGGGAUGGGUAGGAAGCGAAGUCACGAAACUCUCGCAGCCAGCGGAUGGAAAGUACUUGUUGGAAUUAACUCUGGAAAACGGCGAAAGUGUUGAGAUCGAAACGAACACAAUCGCCGAGGGCCAGGAUGAUAGACUGCCGCUGCUUAGGAAUCCACCUAUAUUAGAGGCGAUUGAGGACUUGACGUCACUGUCGUACCUUAAUGAGCCUGCUGUUUUGCAUGCAAUUAAGGCUCGCUACGGCCAGCUCAACAUUUACACAUACUCAGGGAUCGUCUUGAUUGCCACCAACCCUUUCGACCGGGUGGAGCAACUCUACUCACAAGACAUGAUCCAAGCAUAUGCGGGCCGCCGCAAGGGAGAACUUGAGCCACACCUGUUUGCAAUUGCAGAGGAAGCUUACCGUCUAAUGAAGAACGACAAGCAGAACCAGACCAUCGUUGUAAGUGGUGAGUCCGGUGCCGGCAAAACUGUGUCAGCAAAGUACAUCAUGCGGUAUUUUGCCUCUGUCGAACAAGCUAACAAUGACAACACCAGCUCUGACCAUCAGUUAGAAAUGUCUGAAACAGAGCAGAGAAUCUUGGCCACAAAUCCUAUAAUGGAAGCCUUCGGUAACGCGAAAACUACCAGAAAUGAUAACUCUUCCAGAUUCGGUAAGUACCUCGAGAUCCUAUUCGACCAAAAUACUUCCAUUAUAGGCGCUCGGAUCAGAACUUAUCUGCUGGAACGUUCGAGAUUAGUUUUCCAACCCCAGACUGAAAGAAACUAUCAUAUAUUCUAUCAACUUUUAGAGGGGCUCUCCGAAUCCGAGAAGGCAGAACUCCAUUUGACAAAGGUCGAAGAUUAUCACUACCUAAAUCAAGGCGGGGACUACAGAAUCAAGGGUGUGGAUGAUGCCGCAGAGUACCGGACUACCAUAGAUGCCUUGAAGAUGGUUGGGUUCGCUCAAGAUACACAGCAUCAGCUUUUCAAAAUUUUGGCAGCUUUGCUUCAUAUAGGUAGCAUUGAGGUUAAAAAAACGAGAAACGACUCCUCCUUAAGCUCUGACGAACCUAAUUUGCAAAUAGCCUGUGAUCUCCUCGGAAUUGAUGCGUACGGGUUCUCUAAGUGGAUCACGAAGAAGCAAAUUACAACAAGAUCCGAAAAAAUUGUCUCUAACUUAAGCUUCAAUCAAGCUAUUGUUGCCAGAGACUCGGUAGCCAAAUUUAUUUUCUCUGCUUUGUUUGAUUGGUUGGUGGAAAACAUUAAUACUGUUCUUUGUAAUCCAGAAGUUUCAAAUCAGGUUAGCUCGUUUAUUGGUGUUCUCGACAUUUAUGGAUUCGAACACUUUGAGAAGAACUCCUUCGAACAAUUCUGUAUCAAUUAUGCCAACGAGAAGCUGCAACAAGAAUUCAACCAGCAUGUCUUUAAGCUUGAACAGGAAGAGUAUAUGAAUGAACAGAUCGAGUGGUCAUUUAUUGAGUUUAACGACAAUCAGCCUUGCAUUGACUUGAUUGAAAACAAGCUAGGCAUAUUAUCAUUGCUAGAUGAGGAAUCAAGGCUUCCCGCUGGUUCCGACGAAAGUUGGACUCAAAAGCUUUACCAAACUUUAGACAAACCUCCAACGAACUCUGUUUUUUCAAAGCCUAGGUUUGGACAAACCAAGUUUGUUGUCUCACAUUACGCUUUGGAUGUCGCAUACGAUGUUGAUGGCUUCAUUGAAAAAAACAGAGACACUGUUUCUGACGGACACCUUGAGGUUUUGAAGGCUUCUAAGAACGAAACACUACUGGCUAUCUUGGAUACCAUCGACAAUAAUGCUGCUGCUUUGGCCAAGAAACAGGAAGCCAACAAAAAACCAGGUCCCGCUAGAAUGGUUAAAAAACCUACUUUGGGUUCCAUGUUCAAACAAUCUUUAAUCGAUCUUAUGACCACGAUUGAUUCUACCAACGUUCAUUACAUUCGCUGCAUAAAGCCAAAUGAGGAUAAAGAAGCUUGGAAGUUUGACAACCUUAUGGUUUUGUCCCAACUUCGUGCUUGCGGUGUUUUAGAGACCAUUCGUAUCUCUUGUGCAGGGUUUCCUUCAAGAUGGACGUACAAUGAGUUUGUUCUUAGGUAUCAUAUCUUGAUACCCUCUGAAAACUGGACAAAGAUUUUUACAUCUGAAGCAACCGAAGAUGACAUCAGAGACCUCUGCAAGCAAAUACUUGAUGUUACGGUCAAAGACAGCACCAAAUAUCAGUUAGGUAAUACCAAGAUCUUUUUCAAGGCAGGUAUGCUAGCAUAUUUGGAGAAGUUGAGAGGCACAAAGAUGCAUAACGCUUGCGUUAUGAUACAGAAGAAAAUCAAAGGUGUUUACUACCGUAACAAGUACUUAGCUAUCCAAAGCGCUAUUCACAAGUCUCAGGCUGCAGUCGCGGGUGCCUUAUGCCGUCAAAGAGUUGACUAUGAAAUCAAAACCCUUGCCGCAACCUCAUUACAAAGCCUUCUCAGAGCUCACACCCAGAGAAAGCACCUCAAGAAUACGUUCUGUUCCAUCAUCAGGGUCCAAUCGCUGGUCAGAAGACGUAUCACCCAAAAGGAGUUGUUAGAAAGGCGAGAGUUUGAUGCUGCUAUAGCUAUUCAGAAAAAGAUAAGGGGAUUUGUCCCAAGGAAACACUUCAACACUACUAGAGGAUCAUCUGUUAGAAUUCAAUCUCUUGUGAGAAGAAAAUUAGCGCAGAAACAACUGAAGCAACUAAAAGCUGAUGCCAAGUCUGUCAAUCAUCUUCAAGAAGUCAGCUACAAGCUCGAAAAUAAAGUUAUUCAGCUGACUCAGUCCUUAGCAGACAAAGUUAAAGAAAACAGAGAAAUGACCUCUCGUAUAGAAGAGCUUCAAAAGUCAUUGAGUGAAUCUGCAAAUAUAAAGACUUUGCUGGAAUCUCAAAAAGAAGAGCAUUCAAGGGAUCUACAAGAACAAAAGAACUCGCAUGAUGCCGAGCUCGCAAACAAAAGAGCUGAAUUGGAGCAAGCCAAGGAAGAAAUUGCAGCUGCAAAGCAAGAAAUCGACAGUUUAAUGACAAAACAAGAAGAGUUACGGAACGAUGUGCGCCUCAAAAUUGAAAACCUCAAUAAAGCGCAACAGGAAUAUGCCGACGCGCAGACUCAAAACUCUGACCUGAAGAACGAAGUCAAAUCCCUAAAAGAUGAAAUAAGUCGUUUGCAAGCUACUAUCCGCAGCGGGGUUAGCGCAAACACAGCGCUUGCUCACACUCCAACCAAAAAUAGAAGGUUUAGCACCCAUAGCAGUUUGGCCGACGGCAUGUCGCCAAGGCAGUUGAACGUGAUUUCUAUGAACAAUGGGAUGGAGGACGACGUCAGAUCUACUGCAAGUGCUCUUUCUCAGAUAAAUGACGAACUUUACAAAAUUCUUGAGGACACGAAGUCGCUAAACACAGAGAUUGUUGAGGGCUUAUUGAAAGGCUUUAAAAUCCCAGAAACUGGCGUCGCCGCAGAGCUAACAAGGAAGGAGGUACUUUAUCCGGCCAGGAUAAUGAUAAUUGUGUUGAGUGACAUGUGGAGACUGGGCUUAACCAAACAAAGUGAAAGCUUUCUGGCGGAAGCCAUGUCAACCAUCCAAAAGCUUGUCACUGGGUUGAAAGGAGAGGACAUGAUUUGCCACGGUGCGUUUUGGCUCACAAAUGUGCGUGAGCUCUACUCUUUCGUUGUUUUUGCUCAGGAAUCCAUUCUCAAUGAUGACUCUUAUAAUAGCGGUCUGAAUGAAGAUGAAUACAAAGAGUACGUGACUCUCGUCACAGAAUUAAAGGACGACUUCGAAUCUUUGAGCUAUAAUAUUUACAAUAUCUGGCUCAAAAAGCUGCAAAAAGAUCUGGAGAAGAAAGCUGUUUCUGCUGUGGUCAUGUCACAGUCGCUACCUGGCUUCAUCGCUAACGAGUCUUCACAGUUUUUGCCUAAACUUUUCACGCAGUCAAAUUACUACAAGAUGGAUGACAUUUUGACUUUUUUCAACAACAUUUACUGGUCCAUGAAGACUUACCACGUUGAGCAAGAGGUGUUCCGUGAGGUAAUUAUUACCCUUUUGAAAUACGUGGAUUCAAUUUGUUUCAACGACCUGAUCAUGAGGAGAAACUUUUUGUCGUGGAAAAGAGGGCUGCAACUGAACUACAAUGUUACCAGACUUGAAGAAUGGUGCAAAUCGCACCACAUUCCCGAAGGUACUGAUUGUUUACAGCAUAUGCUUCAAGCUUCUAAACUGCUGCAACUCAAAAAAGCUAACUUAGAUGACAUUGACAUCAUAUGGGAGAUAUGCUCAUCGCUCAAGCCAGCACAGAUUCAAAAGCUAAUAACACAGUACGCAGUUGCCGACUACGAAGUGCCGAUCCCACAAGAAAUUCUAACAUUUGUCGCAAAUCGCGUGAAAAGUGAGUCUUCUUUAUCAUCAAACGGAAAGUCUCAAACCCACAGCAGUGACAUUUUCCUUCAUGUAGAAAACGGGCCCUUCGAAGAUCCAUUCAGUUUGAUCGAGACAAGACGUUUUGGCAAAAUUGAAGCAUACAUCCCAGCGUGGAUGAACUUGCCAUUGACAAGGAGGGUUGUUGAACUGGUCACGCAACAUGUGACUGUUCAAGAGGUUGAAAGAGCUAGCUAA